AUUGUCAACACUGCAAACUAACAAAACAACAACCAUUUCUCUUCAACCAUGGCGCUCGGAAAGAAACCAUACCCCAAAGCGACGGUCAAGAAGAUCAUCAAGGCUCAUUCAAACCAUAAUUUAAAGAAGAAUGCCGAUGUUACUAUCUUCCUCGACUACGUCCUAUUCAUGGAAACUCUUAUCAAAGAAGCGGCGAUCCAUUCGAAACAGUCGGGCGAACGAGGUCUCUCUGCGAGGAGCGUCAAGAAGGUGACGAGAGAUACCUUGACCAAAUUCAAGGGUUGAAGAAAACGAAUAAUUGCGACAAACAACAAAACCCACCGAACUUACAGUGUUAAGAUCCUCAAGAGCCGCACCGCCAUUGAGAGCCAUACAGGCAUAGCCGCGACAUCCGACAUGAUACAGCAGUAUCACAUACACGGCAACUAUUACAGGCUUGGGAAUUGAGCCACUGUAUGAUAACCCCUGACGGAUUCCGCGACCGGGAGGAGGGCAUCGCGAGGUUGAAAGAACAUGGCGCUUGCGCACGAGACCACCUCAUCCACUUAACCUCAGCUGAAUGCGACGGUUGGGUGGGGCUUUUCCUUGUCAUGACGAUGAUGCAGACCAACGAGAGAACACUCCGUCUCUAUCCGUACAAACAACAUAGAUUAGGACAAACAAUGGAUGAGUCUUCAUAAAGAAAA